ACUUCAGAGGUUUCAGCAGAGAGUUGGAGAAGAGAAGCGUGCUGGAAGAAGAAGCUCGUAUAUGGACGAAAGAAUGUCAGGCUUUUGUCUUAGAGCUGGAGGAGGAGGAUAUGGUGGUGGUGAUCAUGGAGGAGGUGGGGGAGGAACCAAGUGCGGGCGUUGGAACCCGACGGCAGAACAGGUUAAAGUUCUGACUGAUCUUUUCAGGUCCGGGCUCCGAACUCCGAGCACUGACCAGAUACAAAAGAUCUCAGCACAGCUCAGCUUUUACGGGAAGAUCGAGAGCAAGAACGUCUUCUACUGGUUUCAGAACCAUAAAGCCCGAGAGAGGCAGAAGCGCAAGAGAGUAUCCGUUGAAGACCGAGAUAUUAUCGAACGAGCAGCAGAUAAGGUUUUACCAGAAAAACAUUUUGUGGACGUUGAUCUUGUUUCAGAGCCUGAAAGAACCAUAGAGACACUGCAGCUCUUUCCGUUGAACUCAUAUGAAGAAUCAGAGCCACAGAAGCUGAGACUACUUAGGAACGAAUGCAAGGAGUCGGCAUUUUCUUAUAAUGGAAUGGGCAAAGAGAAUGAUCAUCCGCCAUUAGAUCUUCGUCUAAGCUUCUUGUAACCAGUUUCAUACCUGACUCUUCUAGUGCAGAAGAACAAAAAAAAAAAAGAAUACCAUCGUUGUUAUUCGGAUUGGGGAUCGGGACCUUUAGUUGUAGUAGA